UGCUUUUUAGGAAGAAAAAAGAGAGAGAAUGUUGAAUUUAAUCUUCUCCACCGAAAAGAAUUCUCUUUCCUAUUCUUUUCAUAUAUCAUCUGCUCAAGGGUAACACUCCUCAGUUUGCUUCAUUUUUCAUGCUCAUUAGUCUCCAGCUCUUCCAAAACCUUAACUAAUGUCACCUGAUCUAAGUCCAUUGCUGUUCAUCAAUAUUAUGCUCUUCCUCUUCUUCCUUCAUACUGUGUCCUCGGUCCCUGCCUACCCAGUUAAUGGUACAUGCCGUGACACAUGUGGCACAAUUUCUGUGAAAUUCCCCUUUGGUACCGGAUCUGGAUGUGGGCACCCUGACUUUGCCAGAUACAUAAAAUGUAACUCUGAGAGUCUGGAAUUCUCGACUGGCACUGGCAUUUACAGUAUUUCUUCUAUUGACUACACAAGCAACAGUAUCAUUGUUACGGACCCCUUCAUGUCAACUUGUUCUUCUAUGCAGAAUUCUGGAAGCUUUAGCUUGGAUAGAGCCAGUCCAUUCUCCAUUACAAAAGACAAUAUCAUUGUUUUGCUUGGAUGCUCCGGUACAUCUCCUGUAUUUGAUGCAGAUGAAGAUUUGUGUGCUACAGGUUCUGGUUCCCGUGUUUGUAGAGGGCUGUAUUCAUGUAAAGGAGUGUCAGGAAUUGGGUUGCAACAGAAUGCACCUGCAUCCUCCUGUUGUGUUUACGAUUCACCAACUGGCCUUGGAUCAGGAUAUGCAUUGGAUCUCCCAAAGCUACAAUGCUCAUCAUAUACAUCAAUAUACGGGUUUGGGGGCAACGAGGGGGAUCCAAUGAAAUGGAAAUUUGGGAUUUCUUUGCAAUACAAUGAUUCCUAUACUUCUGAUGCAUGUAACGAUUGUGAAAACAGUGGGGGUUCGUGUGGCUUCACUGGUUUGGAUGAGUCAUUUGCUUGCAUUUGCCGGAAUGGAAGGAACAGCACGACCAAUUGCUUUGGUAUAGGAUAUGCUUUGAGCGGGACAUGGGGGCCAAAAGUUCAAAUCAAGUUGAAUCCUGCAGGAUUUCUUCUCUUGUGGAUGAUGACACUCUUUAUUUAAAGCAGAGAAGGUGUUGUCAAGUUUUGAAGAGUUAAUUGAUGCAUUUGAACACUGAAAGUGACAAAGUUUUUCUUUAAUUUCGUUAUCUCAAUGUUGAGUAUAAUUGUAGUCAGUAUAGAUAUUUAAUCUGUCCUUUUGUUUAUGUGAAAAUAUCAGAGUUAAUAUAAAAAGUGAUGUAACUACGUACACUGCAUCCAGAAUAGCCAUUUUUG